AUUUUAUCCCGUUGUAAGCUGUAUUGGUCUUUCGCUUCCGGUCAACCAUGCCGUUCCAGAGAUUCGUAGAAUCUGGCCGUGUCGCCUAUGUGUGCGAUGGGCCACACCAGGGGAAACUUGUGACAAUCGUGGAUGUCAUCGACCAGAAUCGGGUUUUGGUGGACGGGCCCUCGACGAGCGUUCCACGCGGAGAGAUGAGGCUGAACCAGCUUCACUUGACCAAGUUCCGUUUACGUUUCCCGUACACUGGAUCCACCCGAGUCGUACGCAAAGCAUGGGAAACUGCAAAGAUCAGCGAACUGUGGAAAGACACCAUGUGGGCGAGAAAGGUCGAAGCCAAGAAGAAGCGUAUGGAGCUCAGCGACUUCGACCGCUUCAAAUUGAGAAAAGCGAGGCAAACUAGAAAUAAGAUCAGAUCGGACGCGUUUUACAGAUUGAAAAAGAAGAUCAAGAAAGCUAAAGCCCCUGACGCGACGAAGACGGCGAAGACGGAGGAAAAGAAGUAAUUUUUUAUUUUAUGAAAUAAAUAUAAAAUUAUAAAACAGCA